AUGCUUUGGGCAACUUACGCGAACGAUGUCCUCGGUGAAGACCAGCAAGCCAGCCAGGGUCUUGGCAUGUGCUCUGUGCAAGCAGCGCAGGGUGAAGUGCAGUCGCACUUUUCCGUGUACGAACUGCGUCCGGGCCGGGGUGGCCUGUCAUCCGCCGACGGCUCACCAGCGCCGUCGUCGGUUCGCCGAGCGCGAGCUGCUCGACCGUCUUCCACUCACCAACAUGGCGACGACGAUCUGCAUUUUGCCUUGACAAAGCAGGAUGCUGAUACUACACCCAAGAGCCAAGAGCCGAUAGAUAUUUGGCAAUCCAUCAAACGAGUGGCCUUGAUCAAAGAUGAUGAGGGCGACAGUGAUAGUGAUGGAAGCAGCUUCGAGCAUGUUGAUCAGAGCGUCAAAGAAGCGGCCCUCGCCAACGACCAUCUUCUCUUCGGCGCGCCCAAUCCAAGCUUUAAUCUGGCCGCCUGCCAUCCGAAUCAUCGACACAUUUUCAGGCUCUGGCAGAUCUACUUGGACAAUGUGAACCCGCUGCUCAAAGUCACGCACACUCCCACCUUACAACCUAUGAUCAUCGAGGCUAUCGGAGACAUGGAGAGCAUCAGUCCUUCUAUGGAGGCGCUGAUGUUUAGCAUCUACUGUGUGGCCGUUCUCAGUCUUGAUGAUGACGAAUGCCACGCUGCUUUUCAAACACCAAGGGAGACUCUUCUAGGAAGCUAUCAAGUAGCUUGCAAACAAGCCCUGCUGAAAUGUUCUCCUUGGAGAUCUAACAACCGCGACGCCCUGACGGCACUGUUACUCUAUCUGGUGUCUCUCGGCAAUCAGGUUGAGCCUCGCUCAUUAUCAUGUAUGCUUACGGUGGCGGUCCACAUUGCCAAACGAAUGGGCAUGCCUUACGAGUCGAGCAGCGGUGCCCCAGACGGUGACGCACUCGGUCAUGAGAUGAAUCGGAGGCUGUGGUGGUGUCUGGUUAUGUUCGAGCACCGGCUCUGCGAGAUCACAGGCCAGGACAAGUCUACUUCGCUGACCCCAAACUGGAACUGCCAUGUCCCCUUGAACCUCAACGACUUUGAGAUGCAGGCUGGUGUCAAGACCCCACCCGCUCCAAAUGAGAAUGUUGCCACUGAAGCCAUGUUUGUCGUCGUGCGAUCGGAGCUGGCCGACUUUGUGCGCCGCAGCGUCUCGCACCUUGAAGUCAUCGGUGGGAGCCCCUCGCCGGACGCGGUCGCUAGGACCAAACGCAAGGGCGGCGAGCUCCAAGUCUUGGAGACAAUGUUGGAGGACAGGCAUCUCAAGCUAUGCAACAUGGAGAUCCCGCUCCACUUCAUGACCGUCUGGGCAACCCGGAGCACCAUCGCCAGGAGCCGGCUAACCGAGUACUACCUGAAGUGGCUAGGCCCGGCCUCGGAGAGCCCGACCAGCGAACAGCACAGCAUCGCCGACGGGUGGGCCAUCCGCAUGCUCGAGAGCGACACGCAGAUCAGGACCUCCCCUCUCACCAAAGGCUUCCUCUGGCUCGCCGAGGCCGGCUACUCCCCCGUGCUCACCUACUUCCACGUCCUGCACAGCCUGAUCAAGCGGCCCGGGGACGAGCUCGCAGACGAGCUGUGGGGCGCCCUGUGCGACAACUACGAGGCGCUCAUGGACGGGCCGAAACACCACCGCACGCGCAUCAUGUUUGCCCUCAAGUUCACGCGCCUUACGCUCCAAGCGUGGCAUGCCCGCGAGGCCCACUCGAAGGGCAAGAAUAGCCCGUCGGGUCCCCCACCUCGCCUUGUGGUGGACGCCCAGGCUAGGGAUGCGCAGGCGAGCCUGGGCCGCGGCCGGUCGUCGGCGGCACAGCGGACGAGCCCCGGCGGGCAGUCAUCCGGCUUGACACCCAACUUUGGCAUUACGCCAGGUAGCAGCACAGGCAUGUCGUCCCUGUUUCCCUCACCCACGGACAUGGGCACCGGCCAGCUUUAUGGAUCUUCCGGGUCGAGCUUCGGAUUCCCGGCAUCCGCGGGGCUCAUGAUGGACAUGCCGGGACAAGGCUGUGCCGGCAUCAACAUGGAUCAGUUCUGGACUGGAGAAGGCUUUAAAUGGAUAUAA